CAAAAAAUAAUUUUUUUCCAUGACAUCACGAUCCAACCGGGAAUUCCCAUGGUCAAUGUCAAAACCUUUGUUCCUGAAAGACGCAAAAGAAGAAGACAGGCUCGUUAAACCUAAAUUCCUACCAGGAAACUACGACGUCCGACAUUCCCAUUUCGCCCUCCUAUAUAAACACCCAGAACUGGAUCAGACCUCACUCAUUCUCAACCUGCGAUCCGAACGUGCAAAGCAGUUUUAACCCUCGUGUCUCCUACGUCCAGAGCUUCGCACACAGUCAACAUGAAAGUCCUGCUGGGACUGCUGGGGCUGGUCUGCCUGAUGGUUCUUGCUCACGCGGCUGCGGUAAACGAAGACCUCGACGCUGCUGAAUCUGCCCAGUGGGGUGGCGGCUGGGGAGGCCGCGGAGGUAAUUCACGUUUAAACCUCGCUGGGGAGGAGGCUGGGGUCGUGGAGGAGGCUGGGGUCGUGGAGGAGGCUGGGGAGGAAGAGGCUGGGGAGGAAGAGGCUGGGGAGGACGCGGCGGUUGGGGCAGCUGACCUCUGGAUUCCAAAUGUGGCAAUGUGUCAUUCCGAGAUGCAGCGAUCAUCACAUCACCAUGACGAGGAGUCAUGA